AUGCGACCAUCGACACUCGAGGGCGUAGCCGCCACUCUGGCUCUCGCAACCACCGCCAACGCUCUGCAGGUCGAUGUGAACAACGUGCAGUCCAUCAGCACCGCCGCAAAGACAAUCGCUUCCAACAUCAUCUCCUACUACGAAGGCAAUAGCACUGCUUCGAUUCCUGGCCUGUUUCCGCAACCGUACUACUUCUGGGAGGGAGGUCUGGCUUGGGAUUCAUUGAUCAACUACUGGGCUAAGACUGGCGACGACACCUACAAUGAUCGCAUCGCUCAGGCCAUGCUGUGGCAGGUUGGAAGUGACGACAACUACAUGCCCGCAAACCAGACCAAAUCGCUUGGGAACGACGACCAAAGCUUCUGGGCUCUCGCGGCCAUGACGGCGGCAGAGAACGAUUUCCCAGCUCCAAAAGCCAGUCUGGUGCCCGGCAACGGCGACGUUCAAUCGUGGGUCCAGCUGGCGCAAAACGUAUUCGACACUCAAGUACCUCGAUGGGACGCCGAGACCUGCGGCGGUGGACUGAGGUGGCAAAUCUAUUCCUUCAACAACGGAUACGACUACAAGAACACCGCGAGCAAUGGCAACUUCAUGCAACUUGCUGCUCGUCUGGCCAAGUACACGGGCAACUCCACAUACAGCGACUGGGCAACAAAAGCUGCCAAGUGGACUUUUGAUGUCGGUCUCAUUGCAAACGAAAGCUACUAUGUCUACGACGGCGCCACAACGUCUGAUGAUUGCAAGGACCCAAAUAAAGUCCCGUGGACUGGGAGCGCCGGGACGUACCUCAGCGCAUACUCGUACCUAUCGAACGUCGAGUCUAGCUCACCCUACACCUCGAAGAUCCUAGACAGUGCAUUGAAGAUCUUCACCGACGACAACGACAUCCUGGAGGAAACUGCUUGCAUGAGUUCAGGGACUUGUAACACCGAUCAGUAUGCCUUCCGGGCCAUUUUCGCGCGUGCGCUUGCGAACUUGAAGUACGUCGACAGUGGAGAUAACAUCGACACCGACGCCAUUGAUGCCGUCUUGAAGGCGUCUGCUGAAGGAGCAGCGGCUCAGUGCACGGGUGGCCCGAGUGGGAAGUAUUGUGGGACUGACUGGAGCGCGAAAUUUGAUGGCACGACUGGACUGGGUCAGGAGUUGGGUGCGCUGGAGAUUCUGCUGGCCAACAUUCCGAGCAAUGGGACGCAGACUGCGUCUGGUAGUACUUCGUCAACGAAUUCUACGGGUACGACUCCUGGAGCACCGUCUGGCACUUCGCAAGGUGCAGUGGCAACUGGAGAGGCGCGUCUUGUGUCUGCGUCCACUAUUGGAUUGCUUGCAGCUCUGGCCAUGGCUGUUUUACUCACUACACAUCUCGUUGUCUCGCAAGCACUUGACAUGGUCGCCGGACCCUCAACACCUCGUCCAUUGAUGGCCUCCACCCGCCGCUGCCCCAUCUGCCUCGACACCAUCACCAACCCCGAAAGCACCCUCUGCGGCCACGUCUUCUGCGCCGAAUGUCUCGACACCUUCCUGGAACCCUCCACCAACCCCUGCUGUCCCAUCUGUCGCCGACUAACAGAUGCCGCCGAGCUAGAAGACCCCGACCAAGCCAUCGCCGCCACCCUCGCCACCUACGAACUCGAGCCCAACCGGACCACCGAGCUCGAAUGCGUGGACCGAGUGAUCGCAACGAGCCUGGCAAAUUACGAUGAUGAGGUCCGGAGCGAGUUCAGAACUGUCGUCAGGAACGCCAGAGCUGAUUUGUGGAUCGUGUAG